AUGUGCCUCGUUAUUCUUGUAGGCCACACUGACUUGUGUGAUACCGUUAUCCCUUUGCAGAUUGCUGACCCUGAGACCUGUGACCGAAUGUACGAGAGCUUAGUCAGAAUCCACACCAACUACUACAAAAACAAGUAUCCACGCCUGAAAGACACAAGCUUCACUGGACUGACAGUAGAAGACUGCAAGAUGAUACUAGCAACAGACAUUCUGAAACAGAUGGAAGACAUGAAAAAAGGGACAUGGAAAAAACUGCGAGAAAAGUUUUCUGCCAAGAAACCUGAAGAGGACUCGAAGUGAUAGGCUAACUCCCAGAUUCUCCACUGUAUAUAUAUCUAAAGCACUGUAUGUUGCCAUGAUGAAUAAAAUCAUUUAUUCCUCUUAGC